AUGAAGAUCCCAACUCUACAUUUUCUCCUUCCCGUUUUUGUGCUGUGCAGGCUGCCAGACAUCAACUUCCCAAAAGACGCCGUCCCGCGCAUUCCCUCUUCCGUGCUUGCUGGCAAGCACGAGCUCUGGUCAACAGCAGGAUUCCAUCACUUUAAACUUGUCGAGUCUGGCACUCGCACUCGCACUGGCCCUAGCUUUGUUGCUUAUGGCGUGGACACGAUCCGCUUUGAGAACCUCAAGAACCGCGACGACACGACGAUUGAAUGGAGUGCUCGACCAGAAGAUGCAGAGGACUGCAAGUUCGACGAAGAAAACCCAGACGAGAUAUGCCGAAAUCAUAUCAACAUUGUAGAACGAUGGAAUAAAAAAGGUCACUUCCUUGUCUGUGGAACAAAUGCACGAAGGCCUAAAUGCCGCAUUUAUGAUCUCAGCUCGGACGAGCCACUGGCAGACAUACAAGCAAAGGCGAUGGAGACGGAAAUGGACGCCCCAAUGACACAAGCCGAGCCUGGAAAGUCAAUCAAAGUUGAGUUUGUCAAAAACAGCGACAAGAAAAACUUUAUGUUCUUUGCCAAAGAAUUAGAAAAGGGCGGUGCUUUGAGCCGCACAACUCCGUCAGACGGUGCGCUCUCCUCAUCCGGACCGGUUCGUUUUAUCAAAAUGAUUGACCUGGAGGAGCACGUGAUGAUAUUUUUCACCGAAGUGCUUUCUGAUGGAGAAACUGCCAGUCGCGUCGCCACUAUCUGCAAGAAUGACGACGGUGGAAGUCUCUCUGUGCUUACGAAAAAGUUUACUACCUUCAUCAAGACAUCUCUGACUUGUCCAGUGAAAGACGACUUUUCCUUCAGCAUCAUGACCGCCGUAUCCGACACAAUCGAGAUUAACGGGGCCGAGUCUAUUCUCGUCAGCUUCACCAGCAGUCACGGUAUUCCCGGCUCUAACGUCUGUGCCUUUGCUAUCGACGAAAUCAAGGAUGCCUUAUUUGGAACGGGGGUUGAUUUCGAAGACGCACAAGAGUUAAACCCCUGGAAAAAUGCGCCUCGGGAAAAUCCUGCAAGCUGCCUUGUGCCAGCAACAAGUUCCUAUCAGUACUUGCAAUACAUUGAACGGAGCGCAUCACUUUCCGACCAUACGCCGAAGGCAAUCGACGGGAGCCACUUUCUCAUCCGAACAACGUUUUCAAAACCAGAAGAUCGAGACCUUAUCACGCAGUUGGAGAUCCAGAAGCUCAAUUCCAACAACGAAACCGCAAUCGUCGUGAUGGCAACUACCAAUGGCAAGCUUUUGCGCGGGAUUCUUAAACUUCGAAAUGUCGAACGAAACAAACUCACUGCCGAGAUCCGCCGCUUUGAGCUUCUCAGUGAAACCGAUCUUUUCCUUCCCGAAGAGUGUCACGAAGGAGGAAGAGAGAUUGAGGAUCUUCAACUUUACGGCUCUACUGGUGGCAUCAGCUCAAAGACCGAUAUCUUUGUUUCCAUGCCAGGUUGUGCGGUUAAGCUUUCGACCGACAGGAUUUGCGCCAGCUUUGAUUGUAAAAUCGCAUGCGAUUCGAGUGGCGAUCCAGGCUGUUCGUGGAACGAAAAAGAUACAGAAUGUUCAUACUCAUCGGAAUUAAUGCCCAGAUCAUCAACCUAUCAAUUAUUUUCUACCUGUCCUAAGAAAAAUGGAGAUGCGUAUCGCCCAGUCUCAUCUUCUCCUGUUUUCAAGUCACCAGUUGUUGAGUCCGAUGAAAGUUUUGCGCCAGUUCAAAGCCCUAACGAUGGCAUAAGCUCGGAAACAAUCGUCGACGGCACCAGUGGCCAAGCGGAGGCAGCAAAUCCAGAUGAAGGAUCAGUCAAUAGUACUACCAUAUUGCUUGUUGUUAUGCUCGUCGUUGGUAUACUUAUUGGCGGGGUAUUCCAGUUUGUUAUCAAGAAGUGUGCAAAAACAGGAGGAAAUGGCGAAAAAGUACCAGAAGUGGACGUUAACCUAGAUGGUAUGGGCCCAAACAUGAUGACAGCUGGUGGUUAUGCUAUUGGUGGAAAUGGCACACUCCAUCGUCAAAGAAGCGAGCGACAUCCUAGCGUUUACGAAAAUCAGCAGCGAGUCGAAUCAACGUCAUCUGACUCGUCACGGGACUCCGGAAUAAAGAGCUCAGAAGAGGAAGCGAUGAUUCCUUCCUCCCGUCGCGACUUCGAGUACAAGAUCGGGUUCAACAAUGGAGUCGGCACAACAGGGCGGAUGCGCGAGCGACCAAAAUAUUUGAACACUGGUGUCGUUGGUGGUGGGCACAAUACACUCGGCCACCAGCAAAUUUAUUACACACAAGCACGCCCCUCGCGCAAUGGAAAUGCACAGAACAAUCUCAGUGGUUCUACAAAUUUCUUGACAACGUCCUCAUCAAAGACACCGACGAGCACGACGCCUGGCAUGUCUACUUUGGGUGGAGCGCCUAAGCCGAAACUAGGAACCUCAAGCCUCCGACAUUACAACACCGUCGGUCAUCGACCAGCUUACCAUCGAAGCGAAUCAUGUCCAAGACCAGGCGCCUAUCAACAGGUUGCGAAUUCCCCAACGCGUGGAAAUCAACACUACCCCAUCUUACGCUCCAAUUCCAAAAAUUUCGCGGUGUCUUCCGACAAUCCCGCCAAUAUAUACAACAUAUCUACCAUUAACAUCGAUAUCGAGCCGCACGCAACAUCGCCGCCGACGUCGACUAGUGGCUACAACUGGCCAGGAAGCUAUCAGCAAAACAAUGUUAGCCAUUAUGCUACUCUUCCUAAGGGUCAGAAAAGAGCUCAAAUACGUCGUACUCCUUCAACGUCAAAUGGUACACUGCCGAGAAAUCAGAAGCCGAUUCCUGUUCUCCCUCCAACGGUGAGCCACGUUUUUGGCGAAACAUAA